ACCACUGAUCACUUCCAUUUCAAAAUUCUUCAAGCUUCAACAAUCUAUUUCCAUAAUCUCAGGAUUAAGCCAAGGAUUCUGUAAUGGGUGGGAAGAAGAACAAAGGCGGAGGCGGAGGAGACCACCAGAAGGACGAAAACAGUGGCGGUGGAGGCGGCAACAGUAAUGUGAUUCUCAAGAUGGACUUGCAUUGUGCUGAGUGCAUGUCCAGAAUCUCCACAACCAUCCGCAGCUAUGACGGUGUGGAUGAUGUUAGUUUUGAUCGUGACUCCGGCAAGGUGACGGUCAUAGGAAACGUAGAUCCGGCGAAGGUCCGAGAAAAGCUGGAGGCGAAACUACACAAAAAAAUUGCUCUGGUCUCUCCACAGCCUAAGGGCGCCAAAGGCGCCGGCGGAGAAGAUGGUGAUAAUGACGGAAAUUGGGAUGACAAGAAGAAGCAGAUGGUGACGACGACAAUUUUGAAAAUGAACCUUCACUGUGAUGGUUGCCUACACAAAAUCCACAAAAUUGUAAGCAAAUCAAAAGGGUACAUGGAGAUGGCGGUUGAGAGGGAGAAAGAUCAGUUGAUGGUGACCGGGAUCCUCGACAUGAAGGCGCUGGCGGACAAUCUGAAGAAGCAAAUGAAGAGAAAUGUGGAAAUCGUGCCGCCGAAAAAGGAGAAAGGCGGCGGAGGCGACAAGAAGGAUGCUGCCGGCGGUGAGAAGGGUGGGGGAGGGGAAAAGAAGGGCGGAGGUGAAGGCAACAAAAAUCCUGGGGAAAUGGGGUAUGUGCAUCACGGCCCAUGCCCCUGUAAUUACUCUUAUGCUUCUCAGUUGUGGAGUGAUGAGGAUGCUAAUGCGUGCAGCAUUAUGUGAUGUGAGGAAGAUGGUUCUAAUAUUCUAACAAAUGUAAUGAUCCAAUUAAACAUUUUGAUUUUGGUAUGCAUUUACAGAUUUC